CCAUAACCCAACCAAGAAUAACCCAAAAUGGAUAACACUCCACCCACCAAAACCCCAAAGGCUCAAUGGCGCACCCUCUCCCCCACCAAUCUCCCCAACCUCUCCCAUAUAGCCGCAACAAUCCACCCAGGCCUCGCUGAACGCGAUACCGUGUUCCUUGAACGUAUAACGUUGUUUCCAGCAGGCUGUCUCGGAUUAUUCGAAGAGGAGUCCAACAAACUAUGUGGCUAUCUAAUUUCGCAUCCGAUCCGGCACCAGGAACCGCCCGAGCUGGAUUCGCUGCUCGGAGAAAUAGCAGCAGAUGCGGAUCAGUAUUACAUUCACGAUUUGGCUAUUUUGCCGGGAGCUAGAGGUUCUGGUCUUGCGCAAGAGGGAGUUGAAAGGGUAUUGGGUACGGCGGCUCAGGCCUACGAAACGAUUUGUCUGGUUUCUGUAUACGGGACAAUGUCAUUUUGGGGGAAAUUUGAGUUUGAAAAGCCAGACGUCGUUAGUGCAAAGUUGAGUGAGAAGUUGCUUGGUUAUGGGGAUGGCGCUGUGUAUCUUGAACGGAAGAAUGGGUGAGAGUGUAGUAUGAGUGUGGAUUGUGCAUGCCACAUGCCCGAUGCGGCGAUUACGUCAUUGUGGCUUGAAGCAAAAGCAGUCAUGGCAAGACCAAGAUGGAAGGCAAGGUUUAUGUAGUGGCUGUUUUGGCCUGACUGGGCAAGUAAGAGCCGCCCCGCACUGUACUAGAGUAAUAUACUAAGAGCAGGGGUGUUCAGACGCAUAG